AUGGAGAUAUUGUUUGAUAUGGUGAAUGUUCGCUACUGUCUCACCUUGGCCACAGGGCUGGUGGAGUGCCUGUGUUUUACUGGGGUUGUUUUUGGGUGGCCCUCCCUGGUGUUUAUCCUGAAAGACAUUGGGUACUUCAGUGACCAUUGUGUGAAUGCUACAGGACCCAAUGCCACACAGAACAUAGACUGUAGCAGACAGGAUGAGCUCUUCUCCUUGGAUUUCACCAUCGCUGUCUUCCAUCAGAACUUCAUUUGCCUUUUCAAUGGAUUCUUCUUUGACCGCUUUGGUACCUUGGCAUCCAGACUGCUGGGAAUAAUACUGUACACCAGCGGAACCUUGAUGAUUGCUUUUUCACAUCCAGAAGUAUCCAAUAUACUCUUUCCAGCUCUAAUCUGCAUUACAAUUGGAGGAUUAAUGUUAUUCAUCACAAAUCUUCAGGUGGGGAGCCUCUUUGACACCCAUCGUUCCACCAUUAUCACCUUGUACAAUGGAGCCUUCGAUUCCUCUGCCAUCAUCUUCCUCAUAAUCAAGGUGGCAUCUGAAAGAGGGAUCUCUAUGCACCACUCUUUUUUCUUCUUGUCGGCAUGCAGCAUAAUCCACCUCAUGAGAACCUUCUUCCUCAUGCCUAAGAAGCACAUCCCCUACCCCCUCCCCGAGGGCUACACUUAUGGGAGGGACUUGGGACAGAACAUGUGCAACACCGGAAGAGGCACUAUAGAGCUUGAGCAUGGAGACCAAGGUGAUGUGAUUUCUGAAGGAGGGAGCACACAGCAGGUGCCCCCACAGACAGGUAUGGGUGAUGUGAUUUCUGAAGGAGGGAGCAUACAGAAGCUGGCCCCACAGACAGCCUCUCCAGCUGGCUCGCUCCCUGUACGCAGUUUUAAGCAGUGUGUGCUCAGCUGGUUUUUUCUGUGGCACUUGGUGUGGAUGUCAGUCAUGGUCCUGCGACACUACCUGUUCAUUGGCACCCUGAACCCCAUGCUGACCCAGCUGACCGAAGGAGAUCCAGCCCAAGUGAGCCACUACACCAACGCCUUCGCCUACACACAGUUAUGUGGGAUACUGUGCGCCCCCUUGAAUGGCCUGAUCAUUGACAGAUACAAGGGCAAGCGACAGGAUCAGGACAUUACGGAGGAGGAGAGUAACCUGCACUCUGUGGUGCUCUCCCUCUUCCUCACUGCCCUGCAGUGCCUCUUAUUCUCCAUCUGCGCCACCAUACCUGUGCUCCCGCUGCAGUACCUGACUUUCGUCCUGCAAGUGCUCAACCGCGCCUUCAUAUUUGGAGGGAAUGCAGCCUUCAUCAGCGUUUUCUUCCCAAUCUGUCACUUUGGGAAGCUGCUUGGCCUGUGUUUUGUUGUGUCAGCCCUGGUGUUGCUCCUGCAAUUCCCCUGCAUCAUCCUGGUGAAUGAGGUGUUGGAUGGAGACCCCUUAUAUAUAAACAUAGCCCUAUGCAUCCUGUGCCUGGCCACGUUCAUUCACCCGGCCGAUGUGUUUAUCCGCUGGCGCAGACUGGCCAAUCAGAGAAGACGCUCCACCCAGACACCUCCCCCUCAUGAGAAUGCCAUCUCUGGAGACAGUGAAGACAAACUUCAGGACGCCCCAGACACCACCACAGAAGACACUUUGGCGCCCCCAAGAAGGGGAUCUGCUGUUUUCUGAGGGUGCUCCUCUUUCCCCCACCCACUGCUUCAUGACAAUAGUGACCAUGCUUAUUAAAAGAAAUUAUUUUUUGGGGGGUUCUUGGU